AUGAGUCUGAUUGAUAUGCUGGGCCUGCAGGAACUCGAGGAGAACUACAACAGGGCUUUCUCUGAGGCCUUGGCAGCCUUUGGCAACGGCUCUCUGUUUGUGGAGAAGUUCAUUGAGAAACCAAGGCACAUUGAGGUGCAGAUUCUAGGUGAUAAGUAUGGGAAUGUGAUCCACCUGUAUGAGAGGGACUGCUCCAUCCAGAGACGGCAUCAGAAGGUGGUGGAGAUCGCCCCUGCUGCCCAGCUAGACCCACAAAUCAGGGACAGACUGACAGCCGACUCCGUCAUCCUGGCCAGACAGGUGGGCUACGAGAAUGCCGGCACCGUGGAGUUCCUAUUGGACAAGCAUGGCAAACACUACUUCAUCGAGGUCAACUCCCGCCUUCAGGUGGAACACACCGUCACCGAGGAGAUCACUGAUGUGGACCUGGUGCACGCUCAGAUCCGUGUGUGUGAGGGCCGCAGUCUGCCAGAGCUGGGCCUCAGGCAGGACAAGAUCCGCAUCAACGGCUGCGCCAUCCAGUGUCGCGUUACCACUGAAGAUCCCGCCCGUGGCUUCCAACCUGACACCGGACGUCUGGAGGUCUUCCGGAGUGGAGAGGGGAUGGGCAUCCGUCUGGACAGCGCCUCGGCCUUCCAGGGUGCUGUGGUGUCGCCGCACUACGACUCGCUGCUGGUCAAGGUCAUCUCCAGCGGCAAGGACCUGCCCACCGCCGCCGCCAAAAUGCACCGAGCCCUCGUCGAGUUCCGCAUCAGAGGGGUCAAGACCAACAUCCCUUUCCUGCUGAAUGUCUUGAGCCAUGACCAGUUCCUGUACAGCACUGUGGACACCCAGUUCAUUGAUGAGAAUCAGAAUCUCUUCAACCUCAAGCCAGUGCAGAACAGAGCCCAGAAACUACUGCAUUACCUCGGUUAUGUAAUGGUUAAUGGGCCAACAACACCAAUACCAGUCAAAGCCAAACCGUCUACUACUGACCCAGUCGUCCCUACUGUUCCUCUUGGUGAGCCCCCCAAGGGCCUGCGUGAUGUGCUGCUGAAGGAGGGUCCUGAGGGUUUUGCGCGGGCAGUGCGCAACCACCCUGGCCUGCUGCUGAUGGACACCACCUUCCGCGACGCCCACCAGUCCUUGCUGGCCACGCGCGUGCGCACGCACGACCUCAAGAAGAUUGCGCCGUUCGUGGCGCACAACUUCAGCAACCUCUACAGCCUGGAGAACUGGGGAGGUGCUACAUUUGACGUGGCCAUGCGUUUCCUGUAUGAGUGUCCUUGGCGGCGUCUGCAGGAGUUGAGAGCGCUCAUCCCCAACGUGCCGUUCCAGAUGCUGCUCCGCGGAGCCAACGCCGUGGGCUACACCAACUACCCCGACAAUGCCGUCUUCAAGUUCUGUGAGGUUGCCAAGGAGAACGGCAUGGACAUCUUCCGCGUCUUCGACUCGCUCAACUACCUUCCCAACAUGCUCCUGGGAAUGGAAGCGGCCGGCUCGGCGGGCGGCGUGGUGGAGGCGGCCAUCUCCUACACGGGCGACGUGUCCGACCCCAUGCGCCAGAAGUACUCGCUGGACUACUACCUGGGGCUGGCCGAGGAGCUGGUCAAAGCCGGCACACACAUACUCUCCAUUAAGGACAUGGCGGGGCUUUUGAAGCCUGAGGCUAGCCGCGUGCUGAUUGGUGCACUGCGCGACCGUUUCCCUGAGGUGCCCAUCCACGUGCACACCCACGACACGGCGGGGGCAGGAGUAGCGGCCAUGCUGGCGUGCGCCGAGUCUGGUGCUGACGUUGUGGACGUGGCUGUGGACUCCAUGUCCGGCAUGACCUCCCAGCCCAGCAUGGGUGCAUUGGUGGCCUGCACCAACGGCACCAAACUCCACACAGGCAUCUCCAUGGACAAGGUCUUCGACUACAGCGAGUACUGGGAGGUGGCCAGGGGCCUGUAUGCGCCGUUCGACUGCACGGCCACCAUGAAGUCCGGCAACGCCGACGUGUACGAGAACGAGAUCCCGGGCGGUCAGUACACCAACUUGCACUUCCAGGCGCACAGCAUGGGCCUGGGCAACAAGUUUAAAGAGGUGAAGAAGGCCUACGCGGAGGCCAACAAGCUCUUGGGAGACCUCAUCAAGGUGACGCCGUCCUCCAAGAUCGUAGGCGACCUGGCCCAGUUCAUGGUGCAGAACUCGCUGACGCGGGCGGAGGUGGAGGAGCGCGCCGACGAGCUCUCCUUCCCGCUGUCCGUGGUGGAGUACCUGCAGGGCCUCAUCGGCAUCCCCCACGGAGGCUUCCCCGAGCCGCUCAGGUCAAAGGUGCUGAAGAAUCUGCCCCGUAUUGAAGGACGUCCGGGCGCCACCCUGCCCCCUCUGGACUUUGAGGGUCUGGAGGCCAAUCUGAAGUCCGCGUGGGGUGAAGAGAUCACGCCGGAGGACGUCAUGUCCGCAGCCAUGUACCCAAAGGUCUUCCAGGAGUACAAGGAGUUCACAGCCCAGUACGGCCCCGUCGAGUGCCUCAACACGCGCCUCUUCCUGGACGGACCAAAAAUCGCUGAAGAGAUCGAGGUUGAGCUGGAGAGGGGCAAGACCCUCCACAUCAAAGCCCUCGCACUCGGCAACCUCAAUAAGAUCGGCCAGAGGGGAGUGUUCUUCGAGCUCAACGGUCAGCUCCGCACUGUCCUGGUCAAGGACACCUUGGCCAUGAAGGAGAUGCACUUCCACCCCAAGGCCCUGAAGGACGUGCUUGGCCAGGUGGGGGCGCCGAUGCCCGGUAAAGUGGUGGAGGUGAAGGUGAAGGAGGGCCAGAAGGUGGAGAAGGGUCAGCCCCUGUGCGUGCUCAGCGCCAUGAAGAUGGAGACGGUGGUCAACUCGCCCGUGGCCGGCACCGUGGCCAAGUUGUAUGUGAACUCCGACAGCACGCUGGAGGCCAAUGACCUCGUCAUGGAGAUCACCGAGGACUAGGAUGGACA